AUGCCUAAAUCAAAACGUUCUAAAUUAGUCACAUUAUCACAAACUGAUAAAAAGGGUAAAGAAGCUAAAACAAAAUUAUUUGAUGAAAUAAGAUUAGCAUUAGAUAAUUAUUCAAAUGUUUGGAUAUUACAAAUGAAAGAUAUAAGAACUCCUGUUUUACAAGAUAUAAGAUCGGAUUGGUCAGAUUCAAAAUUAAUAUUGGGGAAAAGAAAAGUUAUACAAAAAUCAUUUGGUGAAACAAUUGAAGAGGAAUAUUUAUCAAAUUUAUCAAAAUUAACUAAAUUAUUAUCUAAAAAAUCAAAUAAUGAAAUUAUACCUGGUAUAUUAUUUACAAAUGAAGAUGAAGAAACUGUGAAAAAUUAUUUUAAAGAUUAUACAAAACAAGAUUAUACAAGAGUUAAAUCAAAAUCUCCAAUAACUUUUGAAAUUCCUGCUGGAAUAGUAUAUUCAAGAGGUGGACAAAUAUCAAUUGAAGAAGAUAUACCAAUGUCACAUUCCUUAGAAGAAACUUUAAGAAAUAAAUAUAAAAUUCCAACAAAGAUUAAAAGUGGGAAAAUUAUUUUAGAAGAACCUUAUUUAGUUUGUAAUGAGGGUGAUAUUUUGGAUGUUAGACAAGCUUUAAUUUUAAAACAAUUUGGUAUUGCGAGUUCUGAAUUCAAAGUUCCUUUAGUUGGUCAUUACAAUAAAGAAACUGGAGUUGUUGAUGAAAUACCAAUUGAUGAAGAAUAA